GCCAAUCCCUUUCUGAUUUGCAUUGGGGAAGGUUAUAUUAUUCCAUAGCUGCCAGGCACAACUGAGAUCCUCUUGCAACACUCACGGUGUAGGGUGGGUUAGACCAUGGCGUCUUUGAGUGGCAAUGUACAGACUGUGUUGGGACUCGUCCAUCCUGAUCAGCUUGGAAGAACCUUGACACAUGAACAUCUAACCAUGACCUUUGACUGCAUGUACUGCCCCCCUCCGGCACACCAGUCGGCCCUGUCUGGACCCAUCCUUAUGAAGAAUUUGUACUGGCUGAAACAAAACCCCUACAGUAAUAAAGAGAACCUGCUCCUGAACCAAGAGGUGGAGGCUGUAAAAGAAGAAUUGAUCACCUUUAAGGCAGCGGGUGGUGGCUGCAUAGUGGAAAAUACUACAACUGGCAUUAGCAGGGAUAUAAAGACAUUGAAAAAAUUGGCAGAAGAAACCGGGGUUCACGUUGUGGCUGGAGCUGGAUUUUAUGUAGAUGCGACUCACACACCUGAAACCCGGGCAAUGUCUAUAGAGCAGCUGACCCAGGUUCUGAUGGAUGAAGUUCUCAAAGGGGCAGAUGGAACAGACAUAAAAUGUGGGAUCAUUGGAGAGAUUGGAUGCUCAUGGCCAUUGACUGAUAGUGAAAAGAGGGUUCUUCAAGCAACAGCUGAGGCCCAGAAACAGCUUGGAUGCCCAGUGAAUAUCCAUCCUGGCAGAAAUAGUGAUGCUCCCUUCCAGAUUGUGAAAAUUUUGCAGGAGGCUGGAGCCGAUGUGUCCAAAACUGUGAUGUCUCAUCUUGAUAGGACCAUUUUUGAUGAGAAAAAACUGCUGGAGUUUGCGGAGCUUGGAUCGUAUCUGGAAUAUGAUUUGUUUGGAACGGAACUGCUGAAUUACCAGUUUAACACCGCUGUCGAUAUGCCCAGUGAUAACGACAGGAUCAAAAUGUUGAGGUCUCUGAUCAGUCACGGUUAUGAAGACAGAAUUGUCAUUGCUCAUGACAUUCACACUAAGAACCGACUGGUGAAAUAUGGCGGUCACGGCUACUCGCAUAUCCUCAAUAACAUCGUUCCUAAAAUGUUGCUGAGAGGCAUAUCCCAGGAAAGUGUAGACAAGAUGCUACUGGAGAAUCCCAAAAGGUGGCUGACCUUUAAGUAAAGACAAACAAAAGACGAAGAUGGGUGGUCAGAAAACAAAUGGGAGAUGUACAUUGAUAAUUAUGAUCAGACACAUGUAAAUCACACAAUCGGAGCUACAGAAGGGUGGUAUGGGCCCAGGGGCGGACUGACAACUCAUGGGGCCCCCGGGCAAUAGAAGAUUAUGGGGCCCCUGGGCUUACAGAUGGCCACCACGCCAGGAGGCUGUGCAGGCAGGGCAGCACAAACCUCGGGAUUUUCACAUCAAAAGCAUGUCGGUUUCAAACAUUUCAGGGACAGGUGUAAAAUAAACACAGAUUUUU